AUGGCUCUACUCAUCCCUGGAGCUCCACUGCUGAUGCUCCCUUCUCUCCAUCCACACCUAUCCGUGCUUGAGCCUGGUCCAGGCCCUACUUCCCCACAGUCAUGCAGCACGGCCGAGCAGCACUUACCGGCGGAGGCGACGGAGGCGCUUGUAGCGGCUGAGGAUGUCAUGGCGUCGGCAGAGGAGACUGAUGAGCCUCAGCGAGGUCAGUCCACUCAUCUUUCGAGCACUACCUGAGCGUCUCUCUAUCCGCGAACAUCAACUGACGACAUGACGGCACUGUUUCGCAUUGUUGUCGGAGCAACGCCGACUGCCCUCCCUCAGCCUCAAGCGCUGGGUCCUCGCCGUCGUCCGAAAAAGAGGGGUGCACCCCAACCGGCCUCGAUCGAUCGCCGCAGCUCGUCGACGAGUCGGGCAGCGACGACCACAAGCCUCACCCACUCGAAGAUGAUGACCUCGAUCUCAGCCUGGCAUCAAUCCCUUCCCUCGACUACCUCUCUCUCGACGACGACAACGACGACGGCGACCCACAUGGUGAUCACCGAUCCGGGCAUUCCUCCACGUCGUCGUGCCGCUCCAACGUCACCCUCUUCUCCCCCUCGUUCGCGUCGAGCGACGAGUUUGCACACAGCAACGACUCCCCCUUCGGCAUCACUCAUUCCAGACUCGCUCCAACGGCUCGGCCAUUCGUCUUUGCCCCCAAAGCUCACCAUAGCGAAGCGGAUGGUGCCGGAAAGGAGCAAGCGCUACGAGACCGAGCGGCGCUUGUGCCCACUGCCCCGGCCGCCAGCACCAUUCCCGGCGCUUUCGAGCCGAAACAACCGCGCCAAUCCCUUGCUCCUCUGAAUGUGGAGUUAAGCACCCAUCCGUUGACUCUGCAAUCGGUCGAUUUACGCUCAAAAGCAGACUUAGACGGCGUCGAACAAUGGCGAAAGCUCACGGCGGCGGAUCCGAAGGCAAGCACCUGGUCGUUCGAUGAAGUCGGACAUCUGACGAGCGAAGGCGCGCGCUACAACAUCGCGGACGAGAUCUUGCGACUUCAAUCUCAGGCUGAUCAGGAGUCAUCGACCCUCGAGCGGGCUGCAGACAUGACGUGCCACUCUCCCUCGCACAAGCUUCAAAGUGGUCCCUGGCCGAAUGAGACGGUUUGGCCAGAGUCAUCCAGCUCCAAUUCGUUCGAUCGACCGGCUGCGUUUCCUACCUUUCCACGAGGACUAUCUCCACUUUCUUCGAACAGUGGCGCAUCUUCGCGUCGACCUCACAACUCCACACCUGAUGACGGCCUUUCCAACCUUCCCCGACCCAUCCGCACUCGCAAUUCAAGUCUUGAAUCUAGUAAAUAUGCGUACAUCAAACCUGGGGUGUUCCGAGAAGCUUCGACGUACGUCGCUCACCCUGAUUCAGAGUUUGAACGACUCCGAGGCGAGUCUCAUGGGCCCGGUGGCACAACGCAGCCCCUCGCCUCCCCCGAGACCACCCCAGCUCCACCCCCUACUCGUGCCCGAGCUCGAUCGAUGCUGGCUUCGUCGUCGGAACUGGCGAUGCACGAUGCCUUGUACCUCGAAACGCGCAACACGUUCAUUCGACAGGCGCUCAUCAACAAGGGUCUCCCUGCCACGCUUGCGAAUCAGGAGGCUAUGAUCUCGCUGUUUGACCAAGCGAUGCGAUGCGAAUCCCCCUCGUCGCUUUUGUCCGACCUGAAAGAGCCUCCUGGCGUGAGCCCCUUCGAGCCCUUCUCCGAGCACAGGCGCGCGUCGGUGGAUGUCGUCGCUUCGCACUCGGCGCGGGCUCCGCUCAACGACGGCCUAGGAGGCCCUCACUCUGGCAACAGAAAACACGGUCUUUACAAGACCGAGCUUUGUCGUGGCUGGGAGGAGAAAGGCUCGUGUCGAUACGGUAGCAAGUGCCAGUUCGCGCACGGGGUCGAAGACCUACGCUACCUCAACAGGCACCCCAAGGUGCGUAUAGGCACGCCUUUGCUCCUGAAGCUACCUGAAGCUAAUUUUUUGGAUGUUGAUGAUCCCCUCAGUUCAAAUCAGAGGUGUGCCGAACGUUUUGGCUUCAUGGUUCGUGCCCGUACGGUCGUCGGUGAGUGACAAAGUUGCUGCGCACGCUUCGCAGCUCGAGAGCUGAUCUAUGUCUACACGCCUUAGCUGUUGCUUUAUUCACACCACCGUACCUCCCGAGUCUUCCCUUCACAAACAAAGUUCUGUAACUUCGCCUUCCUCUUGCCCAUCGCCCUCUGGAUCCUUCCACGGCAACGACUCGAUCCCUUCGGACCUUCGAGACUCUUCAAAGCAAGAGGCAAGGACUGGCAACUCAGUGCCAUCAAUCGCAAGUCUCGGAUUUGGUCCAGCUUUGUCGAGCUAUCUCGCGCCCUCGGUGACGACCUCCGUUCCACUGCCGACGCCGAACAUAAAGCGCGUGGACCACGACACUGGGGCGAUGUGGUCCGAGCUCGGUCACGAUUCGACGGGCGUCUCCUCCCUGGGAUCUCGGCUAGGCGGUCAUUCGAAGCACUCUUCGGAGCCCAUCUCAUCGGUCGGCCUUGGUCUCCGCACACCGAAUCCUACCGAGGUACCUCCUACCUUUCAAUCCCCUCCUCGCUCGCGCCUUCAACGUCUGGCGAGCUUUCCGUCCAGUGCUUUCUCAUCCGUCGCACGCACGCAGUCGGACGACAUUCCCGGCCGUCCAACCGAGCAUCCUGCGCGCUCGAAUGGCUACAGUUCUCCCAAAGACCUCUUGCACAGCCGACAGGGCAGUGUCUCUUCUGUGGCAUCUUUCAACUCGUCUUGCUCGGGUUCAAGCUCGACGUCUUUCGCCUCGCUCGCCCAGAACCGCUCUCUCCGCAACGCGUCGCUCCCUCGAACCAAAAGCUUCGGUUCCCUGGAUCUCUUCCCUCAGGAGGUGAAUGGUCUGUCCCUGCAACGCGUCGGUAGUUCUUGGCUCGGUGGAGCAGGUUUGAGCACCAAAGUCCGCACGCUCAGCUCGAACGGCGCAACUGGCGGCGACCGUGUUCAAGCUCGCGCUCUUGAUUGGGACGGUUGA